AGGUAGGGCGGAAGGUGGGGACGCGGGGGCUGCGGGCGACGGGGCCGAGCCGCGGGCUUCCCUUUGUUGGGGAGUGGAGGAGCUUGGUGACCAUUGGCGCGAGAGCCUCCACCCUGGCAGCGGCCCGCGGGGUUGCCCUGGCCUGGACGCGUCCUGUGGCUUGGGUGGGAGGAGAGGGGAGGGCCCUGCCCCGUUUUCUUCCUACCGGCCCACCGUGCCCACCUCGCAGGCGAGGUCAGAGCUUCCAUGUGCUUAACGGGAAACAGGAAGGAGCGGCCCAGAGCGCCUGCCCCGGCCCGGUAGGGCUAAGGCAUACCGUUAUGAGGUGUGGGUGGCUGGCAAGGGAGCUCCUGGUGGAACUGGCUUUCUGGGCCGUAGCUUGUUAAUCACUAGAGGCCCGUGGCAAGUGGGUUGACUGCAGGUGUAGAGCACUCAUCUUUAGCCUGCAGUUGGAGUCUCUCCCUCCCUAAGCCUAGCUCCUGGCAUCAAAACCUGGUUUCAGUCACCUGAGUUGCCAGGCCCAGGUUCAGGGGGUUCUGAGGAUCGUGGCGAAUGCAGUGAGCCCCUGUUCCUGGAGAAGUGAGUCCGAGCAGGUCUCCAGCAGGCAGUCACCCCCAUAUCUGUGCUGGGGCAGGGGUGGGUGGCGGUUGCUGCCGCAUACCGGAGUCGGGAUGACCGCACCGGGGUGUGAGUGGCUGCACAUGUAAAGGGGCUCCUAAGGGUAAGGACUUGCCUGCAGUCCUGUCCCUGAGGACCUGGCGCUGACCAUACCGUGAUCUGCACAGUCUGUUCCAGAAAGGGAUCCUUUUCUCCCCUGGUCCCCCACUCCCCUCACUGGGGCCUCUGGCCAGAUUUUCCCCUGGGAGGAAGGGCCUCCUUUUUCCCCUGUCACUGGCCACAGGCUGGCUGAUCCCUCACUGUGUCCUUCAACACCGCCCCAGCUGUCUCUCAAACCUACCGGCGUCUCCCUGCCCCUGGGGCCAUAGUCUCAUGCAGUGUUUGGGUCCGUGGAGGCCUUUGGUGGGACUUUGCAGACAAGCUGUAGGCCAGAUGAGGCUAAGGACUACUGUUCUGACUGCCUCUCACCCACCUCUUUUUUACAAUCUGGCUUAUUUUGAGGCCCAUCCUGCAGCCUGGAGGGAUAACACACCUCUCAUUGGCUCCAUCCAUGGCUUGUAGACUUAUAGUUCAUGACCUGCUUCUGUUGCCUGAAAGUUUUCAACAAGGAAGACUAUUCAGGACUUCUUCAGUGGAAGCAGGGAGCCGGUGGGACCUUUGUCACUCCUCCCUUGUCAACAACUCCUUUCUAUUUUCCUCAGUUAUUCUUCCAAACUAUGAGAGCCAGUCAGACUGACCACCUGGAGUCUGAGAGAAUUCCUUCCUCUCAGGCCGAAACUUCUGCCUUCUCAGCCGUUUGGAUCUACAGACUCCCAUGGGGAUCCUCUGCUCCUUUCAUCCACCUAGAGGGGUCUUGUGGGGGUGUCAGUCAGAGUUGGGGCAAAGGUUGGGGCUGGACAGAGUGCUGCUCAAGUUCCUGCUAAUCCAAUGCCAGUUAAAUCCCUGCUCUUCUGGCCCCUCUCCAGCCUGUGCCUCAGAAAGUGGCAUCUGUGCCUCCAAGGCAGGAUGCUCCAGACCUUGUAUGAUUACUUCUGGUGGGAACGUCUGUGGCUGCCUGUGAACUUGACCUGGGCCGAUCUAGAAGACCGAGAUGGACGUGUCUACGCCAAAGCCUCAGAUCUCUAUAUCACGCUGCCCCUGGCCUUGCUCUUCCUCAUCGUUCGAUACUUCUUUGAGCUGUACGUGGCUACACCACUGGCUGCCCUCUUGAACAUAAAGGAGAAAACUCGGCUGCGGGCACCUCCCAACGCCACCUUGGAACAUUUCUACCUGACCAGUGGCAAGCAGCCCAAGCAGGUGGAAGUAGAGCUUUUGUCCCGGCAGAGCGGGCUCUCUGGCCGCCAGGUAGAGCGUUGGUUCCGUCGCCGCCGCAACCAGGACCGGCCCAGUCUCCUCAAGAAGUUCCGAGAAGCCAGCUGGAGAUUCACAUUUUACCUGAUUGCCUUCAUUGCCGGCAUGGCCGUCAUUGUGGAUAAACCCUGGUUCUAUGACAUGAAGAAAGUUUGGGAGGGAUAUCCCAUACAGAGCACUAUCCCUUCCCAGUAUUGGUACUACAUGAUUGAACUUUCCUUCUACUGGUCCCUGCUCUUCAGCAUUGCCUCUGAUGUCAAGCGAAAGGAUUUCAAGGAACAGAUCAUCCACCAUGUGGCCACCAUCAUUCUCAUCAGCUUUUCCUGGUUUGCCAAUUACAUCCGAGCUGGGACUCUAAUCAUGGCUCUGCAUGACUCUUCCGAUUACCUGCUGGAGUCAGCCAAGAUGUUUAACUACGCGGGAUGGAAGAACACCUGCAACAACAUCUUCAUCGUCUUCGCCAUUGUUUUCAUCAUCACCCGACUGGUCAUCCUGCCCUUCUGGAUCCUGCAUUGCACCCUGGUGUACCCACUGGAGCUCUAUCCUGCCUUCUUUGGCUAUUACUUCUUCAAUUCCAUGAUGGGAGUUCUACAGCUGCUGCAUAUCUUCUGGGCCUACCUCAUUUUGCGCAUGGCCCACAAGUUCAUAACUGGAAAGCUGGUAGAAGAUGAACGCAGUGACCGGGAAGAAACAGAGAGCUCAGAGGGGGAGGAGGCUGCAGCUGGGGGAGGAGCAAAGAGCCGGCCCCUAGCCAAUGGCCACCCCAUCCUCAAUAACAACCAUCGUAAGAAUGACUGAACCAUUAUUCCAGCUGCCUCCCAGAUUAAUGCAUAAAGCCAAGGAACUACCCCCCUCCCCGCGCUAUAGGGUCACUUUAAGCUCUGGGGAAAAAGGAGAAAGUGAGAGGAGAGUUCUCUGCAUCCUCCCUCCUUGUCACCCAGUUGCCUUUAAACCAAAUUCUAACCAGCCUAUCCCCAGGUAGGGGGACGUUGGUUAUAUUCUGUUAGAGGGGGAUGGUCGUAUUUUCCUCCCUAUCCGCCAAGUCAUCCUUUCUACUGCUUUUGAGGCCCUCCCUCAGCUCUCUGUGGGUAGGGGUUACAAUUCACAUUCCUUAUUCUGAGAAUUUGGCCCCAGCUGUUUGCCUUUGACUCCCUGACCUCCAGAGCCAGGGUUGUGCCUUAUUGUCCCAUCUGUGGGCCUCAUUCUGCCAAAGCUGGACCAAGGCUAACCUUUCUAAGCUCCCUAACUUGGGCCAGAAACCAAAGCUGAGCUUUUAACUUUCUCCCUCUAUGACACAGAUGAAUUGAGGGUAGGAGGAGGGUGCACAUAACCCUUACCCUACCUCUGCCAAAAAGUGGGGGCUGUACUGGGGACUGCUCGGAUGAUCUUUCUUAGUGCUACUUCUUUCAGCUGUCCCUGUAGCGACAGGUCUAAGAUCUGACUGCCUCCUCCUUUCUCUGGCCUCUUCCCUUUCCCUCUUCUCUUCAGCUAGGCUAGCUGGUUUGGAGUAGAAUGGCAACUAAUUCUAAUUUUUAUUUAUUAAAUAUUUGGGGUUUUGGUUUUAAAGCCAGAAUUACGGCUAGCACCUAGCAUUUCAGCAGAGGGACCAUUUUAGACCAAAAUGUACUGUUAAUGGGUUUCUUUUUUAAAUUAAAAGAUUAAAUAAAAAAUAUUAAAUAAAACAUGGCAAUAAGUGUCAGACUAUUAGGAAUUGAGAAGGGGGAUCAACUAAAUAAACGAAGAGAGUCUUUCUUA